UUAUCUUCCCCGCGACGGGGAUUGCAACGACCGGCACCGGCACAGGCGAGUGCCGCCCGACCCUCAUCCCGUCUCCUGGCGCUCAUUCGCUCGCCAGCUUCAGCAGACGACGAGAGAAUCGGAGCAUCGCAGCAGAGCAGCAGCGCGAGCUCGAGCGGUGGUGUGCCACUUGUGUUUGGGGUGGGUCAUCGAUGCGGACGAGCAAUUGGAGCUGAUUCGAGGUUUGUGGGAUUCGCGCGUGGGAUUUUGGAGGCGGGGGUUAGAUUUUACGGGAGAUUUCAUGGCGCCUGUGCUGCAGCAUUCCAUCGCGGGGCCGGCGUGCUUUGUUGUGCCCCGGAGGACCAUCGCCAUCGCCGCCGCCGCCACAGCGCCAAGGUCUGCAGCUCCGAGGUGCAAUGUGGCCUCCGUUGCCGAGCCGCAAGCGCCCCCUGCUGGCAGUCCCUCUCUUCCGACGGGGUCGGCUGUGAGUUCGAGAAGGUACCCGAGGUCUGUGGCCCUGCGAACUGCGCUCUCCGAACCGGCAAAAUCUGGAGCUAAAAUUGGAGAAUAGGAAGAAGGCAUGGAGCUUAUGUUCAAGAAGCUGCUCUAAGAGACCAAGCCGAGGCAUCGAUGUCUUUCGUGUCUGCGUCGACUCCUGAUCUCUUCCUUCUCGACCUCGCGUCGAAGCUUGAAGAUUCAAUCGCACAGGAUGGUCUUGCAAAUGAUCCACUGGCAAGACUUAGAGAAGAGGCCACGGAGGCAACUUUGAGCUGUCACUGGCCCACAAACAAGGAUGAAUCUUAUCGCUUCACGGACGUGAAGUUUCUGAAACAGGCCAACAUCAAUCCUGUGAACGUGCCAUCCGAGUCAUCUUUCGAUCCUGCAUCGUUGAAUCUGCCAGAUUCUAAUGGCAGCAGACUCGUAUUCGUAGACGGAGUGCUGUGCAAGAAUUUGUCGAGUCUGGAGGACGUGCCAGAAGGGGUGGUCAUAGGGAGCAUUUCGUCUCUGCCCAAGGAGGCUGUGGAAGAGCAUGUCUUACCGAGGCUGUCAGGUGUUGCCAGAAGGAGCGAGGGAGACGUGUAUGCUUGUCUGAAUGGGGUUGGUGCCAGGGAUCUCGUUGUAGUCAUUGUGCCUACAGGUGUGAAGGUUCCGAAGCCUCUGUAUGUUCUGUACUACUCAGCCCAAGGAGGUCCAGUUGGUGGCCCAGAUUCUGCCUUUGCUCUUUCCAACCCUCGACUUCUUGUCAGCGUGGGAAAGGAUGCAGAGUUGGACUUGGUCGAAGACUUCACUGGAGCUCCGCAGACAUUGUACUGGACGAAUUCCGUCUGUGAGAUUGACAUUGCGGAGAGCGGUCGAGUUGGUCACAGCUACGUGCAGGAGCAGAGUCUGAACGCUGUCCACAUUCGACAGACUUACGUUUCACAGGUGACGGCGAGCACCUACAAGCUGGUCGAAGCUGGAUUCGGGGGAAGACUCAGUCGUCACAACUUGAGCAUUCAACAGCUUGGUCCAGACACCAUCACCGAAAUGUCCACAUUUCUGCUGGCGGGUCGAAAGCAGCUCCAUGACCUGCACAGUAAGCUUGUCCUGGAUCAUCCUAGGGGAAUUUCUCGUCAACUCCACAAGUGCAUUGUGAGUGAUUCUUCGGGGCACGCAGUGUUUGAUGGCAACGUGAGGGUUAACAGAUUUGCACAGCAGACCGAUGCCGGACAAUUAAGCCGAAGUCUGCUUCUUGCACCGAGGGCAACGGUGAACGUGAAACCCAACUUGCAAAUUAUCGCCAACGAUGUCAAAUGCUCUCAUGGUGCAGCUAUAAGUGAUCUGGAGGAAGAUCAGCUGUUUUACUUUCGAGCUCGGGGCAUAGACGUCCAGACAGCGAGAAGUGCUCUGGUCUUCUCCUUCGGUGCCGAGGUGCUGCAGAAGCUGGUGGGAGAAGGUCUUCGGAAGAGGGUUGAGAAUCUUGUGAAGAGCUCGUUAGCUGCAGAAGGCUACAUCAAACCCGAUCUUCCUGUCACAAUUUAACAUUCGACACGAUGCAGUGUAUUCUAGGCAGUAUCAGUCCAUUGGGGACCGAUACUCGAAUUCAGUCAACCAUUAAUUUUGUCACAUAGAGUAUACCAUGAUCGCAGAGACGAGGUGCCACUGCAGUGAUGUUUCAGGGUGUUCAUGUCGUACCUGCUGUCGGCAGAUAGUGUUCCACGGCUAUAAGCUUUUGUUGGAGUUGGUGACUAAUUGCUUUUGUUUGAGAUGUAGAAAGUUUGAGGCUGUGAAAACUCAGUCACGUCUAAGUUCUAGAGCUGCUACUCUACGAACUUCAAUGUACACAUGCCAACUUCAUGAGCAGUAAAACUGUUUUCAAAUUACUUGGUACUCA